UCUCCGCCGAAUCAUCAAUCAGCUGUUAUUCUCCUUCCGGUCCACCAGGCGGCGCUGCUGCACCGAAACGGCUCAUCUCAGAAGAAGACAGUCAGUCCAAAGUCUGAUCCGCCUGUUUGGAUUCAGAACUUUGUGGGAUUCCUGGUGGACCGAAGCAGCGCUAUGAACAGGCUGAAGCUCAUCUCCGGACACCUGAGUCCCGGCGGCUCCGCGGCGCCGCUGCCCGACUUACGGAGCUCCGACUGCGGCUGCGCGGCGCCCAGCCCCGGGGACGAGGUGGUGGUGGUCCACGGCCGGAGGACCGCGAUCGGAAAGGCCAAGAAAGGAAGUUUUAAGGACACCACGCCGGACGAGCUGCUGAGCGCCGUGAUGACGGCCGUCCUGAAGGACGUGGGACUGUCCCCGGACCAGCUGGGGGACGUCUGUGUGGGAAACGUUCUGCAGCCUGGAGCCGGAGCGCUGAUGGCCCGAGUGGCUCACUUCCUCAGCGGUUUUCCAGAGAAGGUUCCGGUUUACACGGUGAACAGGCAAUGCUCCUCUGGCUUGCAGGCGCUGCUCAACAUCGCAGGAUCCAUCCGGAGCGGAACCAUCCAGCUGGGCCUGGCCUGCGGAGUGGAGAGCAUGUCGCUCCGAUCCAUGGGGGAUCCAGGAGAUCUGAGCUCCGGACUGUCGGCCAACGCCAAGGCGAGGGACUGCCUGAUCCCCAUGGGCGUCACGUCGGAGAACGUCGCUGAGCGGUUCCGAGUUUCCCGCCAGCAGCAGGAUUCCUUCGCUCUCGACUCGCAGAUCAAGGCGGCCCGGGCCCGGGACUCGGGGCUGUUCGACCAGGAGAUCGUUCCCGUCUCUGUCACGGUCCGGGACGAGUUGGGCCGGGAGCGGCGGCUGGAGAUCCGGAGGGACGAGGGAAUCCGGGCGGGAACGACCCUGGAGGACCUGGCCCGGCUCCGACCCGCCUUCAAACCCGACGGAACCACCACGGCAGGAAACUCCAGCCAGGUGAGCGACGGGGCAGCGGCGGUUCUGCUGGGCCGCCGGGCCGCCGUGGAAGAACUGGGUCUGCCGGUUCUGGGCGUGCUGCGGGGCAGCGCCGUGGUGGGCGUCCCGCCGGACCUGAUGGGCGUCGGCCCGGCGCUGGCCAUCCCCGCCGCGCUGCGGCAGGCAGGGCUGAAAGUGAACGACAUCGACGUGUUUGAGAUCAACGAGGCGUUCGCCAGCCAGGCCGUGUUCUGCGUUCAGCGUCUCGCUCUUCCUCCAGAGAAGGUGAAUCCUUUAGGGGGCGCCAUCGCUCUGGGUCACCCUCUGGGCUGCACCGGCGCCCGGCAGGUUGUGACGCUGCUGAACGAGCUGCGGCGCCGAGGCAGGAGGGCGUUCGGAGUCGUCUCCAUGUGCAUCGGGACCGGGAUGGGAGCCGCCGCCGUGUUCGAGUACCCCGGGCCAUAGCGACCCGGUUCAGACGGGUCCGACAGCUUCGACCCGGAACAUCAGGAACGUUUCCGGUGAUUCCAGUUUAAUCGGCCCGAUUCCUGAAAACUGAUUUCAGUUUCUGUCCGACGUUUAAAGUCCGACCUGCCGAUAACGAUCCGACUGAAAUGCCGGGGCAGAACGAGGAGGACCCGUUUCCUCCAGGCUGAUUUUCCUCCAGGCUGAUUUUCCUCCAGGCUGAUUGUCCUCCAUAUUUUCAUGCAGAUCCUCUUAAAGGGCCGGUUCAGGUAGAAUGUGUAAAUGAAACCAGCCAAUAACAAACUGAUAAAACGUUAACAAUCAUUUCUGCUUUCAUUUCUUGGAAUGAAAUGAUGUUGACCGUUUCCUCCUGAUGACAUAAUAAAGAUAAAAUAACAGCUGUGA